CUCCUGGGAGAUGAAGGGCGAUGAACAAACUCCCUCUGUCCUCCCCGGGGCACCCACAGCCGUGCGGGUCCAUCGGGAUGUUCCUGCCGGGAAAGGCGCAGGGGACGCCCUGCAGGGCAGGGCUGGUGAUGCGCGGCCCUUGCACGGUCAGAUACCUUGUCAGGUCAGAUCCCUCGGCUCUGCACUAGAACUCAGCCGGCGCGGGCGGUACCGCGUUCCCGAGGCAGCAUUUACACCCCGCUGGGUUCUUGUGAGUGCUGUACGGUCCGUCAUGUCCUUACAGGGUGAACCAUCCCGCCUCGCUGCUCUGUGAAACCGGAGGUCAGUAAAAGGCACGAGUGACUCCAGCCUGUUGUUGCAGGUUCUGUCGUCUCCCCUGUGUGUGACAGCACCGGCCUCUCUCUGUCUCUGCGCUGACUGCGGGGUUGGAGGGCUGGACAGAAACUAAAGCACCUGUUGACCCUCCUGAGUUGUCUUCAAAGUACAGACAUACCCAAGAUGUGCUGCAGGAACCCUCCGUGUCUGACUGCCAGAAGUAAAGCAGUUGGAUAAAUCUGCUGGGACAAUAGAAUUCAAGUGAUUAAUGUGAGUUAAAAGUCUCUCUGCAGGUGGAAUGCCUCCUGUUCCUCAAGUGGCUCAACAGAUUAGCCAGGAGGGAGACCAACAGCAAAAUGGACCAAACUUUGCCAAGUUUGCAUCAUUCCUUCCCUGCUCCACACAGCAGGAACCCAGCUUUUCCUCAGCAGGUACAACCAAAAGGCUGGGUAGGAAACAUGAGUUUAAUUAUGUUUACUCGCAGGAAAAUGAAAUUCUGCAGCGAAUAACAGCACUGAGGAAAGAAGGUUUAUGGUCUCUGAAGCGUCUGCCCAAACUCCAUGAGGCCCCACGGCACAAAUCACACCAUGAUUAUCUUUUGGAAGAAAUGCAGUGGAUGGCAACUGAUUUUGUUCAAGAAAGAAGAUGGAAGAUAAUAAGUGCCAGGAGGCUGAUUUUAAGUGUAGCUCGUCACCACGAGGAUGUGAUACUUCAUAAGGAAAGAUGCAAGAAAAGAGAAGAGAAGCAACUGAGGGCUGUUGCUGCUUUUGCUGCCAGAGCAAUUGAACACUUCUGGUCCACCAUUAAACAGGUGGUAGAUUUAAAGCUGCAAGUAGAGUUAGAAGAGAGGAGGAAGAAAGCAUUAAACUUGCAGAAUGUCUCAAAAAAAGAAAAAAGAGACUCUUCAAAUAAGAAUGAGAGCCUUCAGAAGGAGGUGGUGCUUCCAGAUCUUCUCACAUCUACUGUGGAGAAAUCCAUGGCAGAUUUAGCAGGCACUGCUGCUGCUGCAGGAGCAUUGUUACCCAAAGGCAGUGCUCAAAACAUGACAGCUGUAAAAUGGGAUACCCCAUCCUUGCUACAUGGAACUCUUAGAGAUUAUCAGAAAACUGGGCUGGAGUGGUUGGCAAAGCUGUACAAGAUGAAUCUCAAUGGCAUUCUGGCUGAUGAAGCUGGGCUUGGAAAAACAGUGCAAGUCGUUGCUUUUUUUGCACAUCUCGCAUGUAAUGAAGGUAACUGGGGUCCUAUUCUUGUUGUCUCACAAAGCAUUAAUGUGCUGAAGUGGGAGGUUGGACUGAAACGCUGGUGUCCUGCUUUCAAAAUUCUUCUGUAUGUUGGAAACCCAGGAGAACUUUUUAAAACUGGGCAGGAAUGGUCUGACCCCAGCAACUUCAAUGUCUGUAUUGCUUCCUGCAAGCAAUUCCUGAAAGACUAUGAAGCAUUCAUGAAAGUACAGUGGAGGUACCUGGUUUUAGAUGAGAGGCAGAAUGGGAAUGAUCUGACAGAGAAGCACUGGGAUGCAAUAUUCCAUCUCCAGAGUCACCAUCGCUUACUCUUGAUGAAUAAACCUCUGCCUACUUCAUUAAAAGAUCUGUGGGCCAUUGCCUGUUUCCUGAUUCCAGAGACUUCCCAAUCCUAUGUGGAUUCUGUGAAGGCAGCAUCUGUGGAGGAGAACAAAGAGCAUCACCAGAGAGUUGCAGUGAGACUGCACAGAGUGGUGCAGUCAUUUAUUUUGCAGAGGUCCCAAAUUCAUGUGGAGAAGCAGCUGCCCAGGAAAUAUGAGCACGUGCUCACCUGUGCUCUCUCUAACCGGCAGAAGGUGAUGUAUAAAGACGUCCUGUCUCAGCCAAGAGCUCAAGAAUGUCUUAGAAGUGGGCACUUUGGCAGCAUCCUGCAGGUUCUGAGGCAGCUGCUGAGGGUGUGUGAUCACCCUGAUCUGCUCAGUCCCCGCUGUCCACGCUCCUCCUGCGUGUUGGACAGGCUGCAGUUCACAACUGCCUCUCCAGUGCUGGAUGCAGUGGGAUGGGACUUUUGGAAGCAUGCAGACCGGUCUCUCUUCGAUGUGAUUGGGAUGGAAAACCAAAUUACUUGCUACGAGGCACAAAUACUGCCAAAACUGAAGGUAACUAGAAAGCUUAUUGAAGAGAUCUACUGCUCCCCUUCAACACCCAGACUUGAGCCAGUGAAGCUCAAACCAAACAGGUUAUUUACACCAGUGCAGUAUGGACAGAAACCUGAAAGUAGGACUGAAGAAUUCUCAAGGUCUCAGGUGCAGCAGACAGUGGACACAGCAGCAGUUCUGGCAGAUCAUCAUGAGAAAACACAAAGACAACAACCCCUUGCCCUGUUUUCAAACAAUCAGCGUAGGAAAGCCAGCAAAACUUUACUCAUGGCUUCCACAGCUGGAGCACAAGAGAGAAUUGCUGAGGCAGAGAAGCCUGUAACAUUACAGUUUAGAGGGAAAAUGUUUACUGUGUCCUACAGUCAAUUCUGUCAACUUAUUGAUAGACAGUCUCUGAAGCAUCAAGAAUUUAUUAAUGAGACAGUGGAUGACCUGAGUACUAAACCUAAAUCAGCAUCUACACUUUUGUGUCCAACUCAGAGUAUCCUAGAAGAAAAAAGACAUCUAAAGGAACACCUGGACAAAAUAUAUUCUUGGAAUGAGCGUCGUUGUUCCAGAACCCCCCUGUAUGGCAGAGACCUGUUGGAAACUUGCUCUUGGAUCAGUGAAAGAAAAAUCUCUCAGCAUUGCUCUGCCAGGAUUAACAAGUGGCUCUGGGCUGGCUUUGCAAAUUGCCUUCCAUGUCCCAGUACUGCAGAGGAUCCACUGCAGGAACUCAUUCUGACAGUGAAGCAGCAACAGAUCACCCUGAAGGAUGUUAUAAUGAGAGAUCUGUGUGUGUUGCCAGCUGUAGCUGUCGCUCCUCCAUGUCUGUAUGUGACCCAUCCUCCUUACACAUACACCCAUGGAAUGAAGCUCUUGAAGUCUAAUCUCAAGGAACAGCUCCUUCCCUACUCCCAUUCAGUGCAGCAGAAUUUUGUGCAGUUCCCAGAUCCCCGACUGGUGCAGUGGGACUCAGGCAAGAUGGAAGCUCUGGCUGUCUUGCUUCGGAAGCUGAAAGCAAGAGGAGAGCGUGUGCUCAUAUGGACACAGAGGAUUCCAAUGCUUGAUAUCCUGGAGCUUUUCUUGACCCUCCAUCUCCUCACGUACGUACGAGUUGGUGAGAGUGGUGCUCACAGCUGGCAUCAUCUGGAAUCCAUUAAAAACUUCAACCAAGACAAGAGGAUCUUCUGUGCUCUCCUUUCUCCCCACACUCCUUCCACAGGUGUCAGUCACAUAGAUGUGAACACUGUUGUCUUCUAUGACACUGAUUUGGAUCUGCUGGUGGACACAAAGGCUGAGGGAUGGUGUGCUAAAAUUGCAAGAGGCAGAGAUAUCCACAUAUACAGGCUUGUAAGUGGUAAUUCUGUAGAAAAGAGUCUGUUGAAAAAAGGUAUUAAACAUUUGAUUCAAGAACUGGCCGCUCAGGGAGAGGAUUGUUCAACAGACUUUUUAUCUCAGGUUCUUUGCCCUGAAUGUGGAAACGAGGAUUCUAGAAAAUUUACAGAAGAGACACUGUCUGAGCUAAGGAAUGACACAGAUUCAGAGCUGUAUGAUUCAAGAAACACCAUGGUUCCUCCUCAGUUAGAACAGCUGGCUGGCUUGGUGGAUCAGCUUAAGCCAAUUGAAAAGUAUGCAUUUAAUUUCUUGGAAUUGUGUCAUACUUUGGAUGAUCAAAAGAGCCAGAAAGCCAACGAGGAGUUGAAAAUUGCAAAUAUAAAAUGGGAAUAUCAGCAUGCCAAGGAGCUGGAAAAGGCAGAACAAAAAUUUCAGCAGGAAGUGAGAGAGGAACUCUUAACCUAUACCAGACAGGACGCUUAUAACACGGAAUUUGUCAGUGAAGGGCCAGAUGGAGAAAUAGAAAUAAUGCCUCUUUGGACUCCCCCUGUUGUACCUGAGAAUCAUGCUGAUGUCUACACUGACUCUGUCCUGUGCCUGAUGUACACCAGCACCCCAAUUCCAGAGUCUGAGCUUCCCCCUGUGUUUGUCAGGAAGCGGCAGAGAUUGGAGCUGUCAUCUUCAGGGGAGAGAAAGAAGCGUUGCCACAGGAGGAUGGUUGUUCCUCCACCUUCACUGUUUGAUCAAGUGACUCCAAGAAUAAUGAAAACACGGCAGAAGAGCCAAGCUCAGAAGGCCCUGCCCGGGGUACCACAGAAAAUGUAUUUUGCAAAGCCUUUGUCAGCUCUCACCAGCUCAGCUGCAGACACUGGGCAGGAUGGCCCUGCAUGGCUGAUUGCUGAAGACGUGGCUCUGUUAAAAGCCAUGAAACAGUCACGGACACCUCCUUCAAACCUGGCUGUUGUGUCUCCAGCACUGACAGCAAACUGGGACUUUGUCAGCGAUGUCGUUAACUCCUCCAACUACGUUUAUCGCUCCCCCAAGCAAUGCCAAAGUCAUUACAUGAGAGCCUUUGCAGGUCCAGAGGGAAAGAACAUAGGUGGUUAUCCUCUUUGUGUUAGCCAAGCCUAUGCUAAGGACCGGGAUUCUGAGCGUACCCAAAUCUAUAUGAAUCACUUUGAGUUGGUGACAAUGACUACUAGAAAAAGGAGUUCCUCAAAGAGGUUUCUUGCAGAGAACUACGACAAGGUCCUACCAAUGUCUGAGGUUGUUUCCACCUGUGCAGAGCCUUCGACCGUGCAGGAAAAGGCCUUGAGUGAAGAACAAAUAGCUCCUCAGAUGCAGGAGCAACAACCUAGCCAGCAGCAAGAAGAGGAACAAACAGUGGAGCAAGUCCUGAGUGAGUGGAAGUCCCACGAGCUCACUGAAUCACAGAAUCAAAGAGGCGCGGCGGGCGGCGCAUGCGCGGUCGGUGCGUGUGGCCGUGCGCAGGCGCGGCGGGCCCGCUCCGUGUAG